GCUUCCGGCCGCCUGAGCUGUGUAUCGCAGAGGGAAGCUGCUGCUGUCGCCGAGGGAAUCCUGACCCGGCCGCUCGCGCGUGGCCAUGUGGAGGCUGCUGGCGCGCGCCCCCGCGCCGCUCCUGCGGGUGCACUUUUCAGAUUCUUGGGCAGCCCUUCCCACCAGUGCUGGUCUGAAGACCCUCCUCCCGGUGCCAACUUUUGAAGAUGUCUCCAUCCCUGAAAGGUCCAAGCUUAAAUUUGUUGAAAGGGUGCCACUUGUACCAAAAGUAAGAAGAGAACCUAAAAAUUUGAAGGACAUACGAGGGCCUUCAACUGAAGCCACUGAAUUUACAGAAGGCAAUUUUGCAAUUUUGGCUUUGGGAGGUGGUUAUCUCCACUGGGGCCAUUUUGAAAUGAUGCGCCUGACAAUCAACCGCUCUAUGGAUCCCAGGAACAUGUUUGCCAUAUGGCGAGUGCCAGCCCCUUUCAAGCCCAUCACUCGCAAAGGUGUCGGGCAGCGCAUGGGGGGAGGCAAAGGUGCCAUUGAUCACUAUGUGACCCCUGUGAAGACUGGCUGCCUCAUAGUAGAGAUGGGUGGACGCUGUGAAUUUAAAGAGGUCCAGGGUUUCCUGAACAUGGUCGCCCACAAGCUGCCCUUUCCAGCAAAGGCUGUGAGCCGUGAGACUCUAGAAAAGAUGCGCCAAGAUCAAAAAGAAAGAGAACAUAACAACCAAAAUCCCUGGACCUUUGAGCGCAUAGCCACGGCCAACAUGCUUGGCAUACGGAAAUUCCUGAGCCCGUAUGACUUGACACAGAAAGGACAAUAUUGGGGCAAAUUCUACCUGCCGCAGCGUGUGUAGUGGAAGCACAGACUCCUGAAACAGUCUGCGUCUCUGCUGUCUUUAGGGUCUGGUGAUUCUUGGAUCAUAACUGAGCACAUGAGUAAGGGACUUGUGAAAAGCUGUGCUGUCAGAUUGUUUCUAUUAAAGUGUGAGUGUAACUCGA